AAAACAUUAUAUUUUAUGAGCAUUCAGCAAUUUAGAUGCGUCUCUCGGGAAUCUAUUUGAACGGAAAUGUGAUCUCAUUGUAUCAAAAUUUAAAAAUUUCAAUUCAGUAAUAAUACAAGUUCGUCAAAUUCUGGAACUAUUUAUUGUUAUCACUACUUUAGAAUAGCAUAGUCAGUUGUAUCAAUGCGCGUGUAUCUACCUUGCAUUUUAGCUAGGGCAGCAAGGCAAUGCAUCUCCAAGUCAGAUCCACAUCUAUCUAUCUAUAUUUUGUUGUGAUCGGUCAAGCAACCAUAAUGUUGGAAUGGUUCAUAAAACACAUUUUUCACCCAGAAAGAGUUAUUUAAAUAUCAUCAAAUGGAUCAGACAAAACUGUCGCCAUCAAGACUUUUUGUUUCGACGGUCAUUGAUAGCAAGAAGGAUGAUUUUGAUGAGAAGUACGAGCGGGGCUAUCAGCACUUGCAGACCUUGACGCAAGGCCUGUCGGAGAAAGAGGCACACGAUGCCCUCAACAGUGCCGUCUGCAAGGAUAAGCUGCAUGAAGAACUGGUCACCAUGGGUCUCAUAACCGUCAUUCUCACCGAACCUCACAAUGCGCCCAGUAGCUACCGUGACCUGACGCUUGUGACACGUGACGGUCACACCCUGGCACUGGCCAGCCUAUCACAGUUGGUGCUGGAGCGGUGGCCGCGCCUGAGUGGCACGGCGCAUGUGCAGAUGCUGUGGCUGUUGCGCCAACUGGUGCGCAACUGGGUGCAGGGCACCGACACACUCGCCUGGAACCUGAUGCGUUUGGCGGCCGGCGGUGACGUCUCUCCCGCCAAUCUGUCGCUCGUCGAAGGCCUGCUCGAUCUCUACAACGAUAAUCGGCCGUGGCUGGAGAAACACCCACUGCUACUGGCGUCAGUGGUGUACACAUUCCUGCGCCUGACCGAAGACCACCACCCGGGCACGUCGUCUGCGCCUGGCCUGACCGCCCUGCGGCACAAGGAGGUGGCCUUCACAGUCGGCCUGCUGCGUGACAAGUUCGCCGACUGCCUGCUCAUUGGUCGCGACCUUGUGCGACUGCUGCAGAAUGUCGCGCGCAUUCCCGAGUACGAGCGUCUCUGGCACGACAUGCUACACAAUCCCAAGUCGUUGGCGCCCAAUUUCACUGGUAUUCUACAACUGUUGCAGAGUCGAACGUCGAGGCGGUUUCUGCAGUCUCGCCUGACGCCGGACAUGGAGCGAAAGCUUGUCUUUCUGACGUCAUCUGUGCGCUUUGGCAAUCACAAACGCUACCAGGACUGGUUCCAGAGACAGUAUUUGGCGCUGCCCGAGUCGCAGACGCUGCGCUGUGAUUUGAUCCGCUUCAUAGUGGGCGUGAUCCACCCGACCAAUGAGCUGCUCUGCUCGGACAUCAUUCCACGCUGGGCUGUGAUUGGCUGGCUGCUCACCUCGUGCACUUCGGCCGUCGCCGUUGCCAACGCCAAGCUCGCCCUCUUCUACGAUUGGCUCUUCUUUGAGCCCGACAAGGACAACAUCAUGAAUAUCGAACCAGCAAUUCUAGUGAUGCAUCAUUCCAUGAGAUCUCACCCAGUCGUUACAACCACUUUGUUAGAUUUCCUUUGUAGGAUAAUAGCAGCUUUUUACCCGCCUCUGUGCGAGAAGGUGAAGCAGGGCAUCUGCUGCUCUCUCCGUCAGAUCCUCGAGAAGCGUGUGCUACCCUCUCUCUCGCCGCUGUUCGAGUAUCCCAAACUGGACCGCGAACUCAGAACUCUCAUCAGGGAGACGUUUCUGGAGUUCUGCUUUGCGCCAUCCAUAGAAGGUGGCAGAAUAGACGACAUGAAGGACGACUAUGAAGCGACCGAGGAAGGAGGCCUGAUCAAUCAUCAAUCACUGAACAACCACCAUCCCCACCUCAACCAAUCAGAACCGUCCUUCUCCGAUGAGGAGAGUGAACCGUCGCCCGUUCUCAAGCGUGUCGACGAUGAUGACGAUGAUGAUGAUAUACCACUGGGUGAGCGGCUGCUGAGUAGCAGUGGAGUUGGCCGGGGGCGGUUAAAAAGAGGAACUCCACCGCCCGACAUUCGACGCCUGAUGAAUGCGACCCGCUCUCCGCCCCCCGGGCUGGGGCUGGGUUUACUGGGGGCGGAGGAGGAGCUCAAGGGCCUUGAAGGCAAGCUGAGACUGGCUGUGCUAAAACUGCAUUCUGAGACUGAUAACGAAGCCAAAUGCGAGGCAAUGGAGAGGAUAACGCAGUACGUGAUCCAGGACGAGGAGGAGUCUGACAGUGAGACGUUGGCCGUGCUCGCCAAGUGUCUUUGUCGAGUGCUGCAUCACCACAUUCAGGCCAAAAUCUUCCCCCACACGCUCACCGAUGAUAGUCUUGACGACAGCAUCGGGCAGCCCCUGUUUGUUUUGAUGCGGUGUGUGUCAGAGCUGAGUGAUGAGGACUCCCGCCGUCUGCCGCUGAUCUCACUUCUGGUGGAGAUGUGCUCGCAUGAGCAGCGCAUCGGAUAUCUGCUGCUCUACUACCUGCACGCCAGCAAGUCCGACCGACACACCAUCAUACAACAGUCCAACAAGCUCACCAGUAAGACGAAAUCACAAGUAUACAAGGACUAUUGUAUGGCGCUAGACAAGGACUUCAGUAAAAACCUACUCAGCGAUUUGCAGGCGUGCCAAGAUGACGACCUGCAAAUGUUCUGCUGGUUGAUCCCAGGCAUCUACACGACGUUUGCAGAUGUGGCCCUGGGCAAUGCCCAACUCAUGCACCUCAUCGUCUCCUCCAUAGACUCCAACCAGCUGCAGGAUCUUGUCUUCAAGAUCAUUCAAGGCCGACUGGUGAUGUUUGGCAGUGGAGUGCAGACGUUUGUGAGCCUGGUGCAGACGUCACUGACCUGGGAGACUGUGGAGCAGGUGUGGCUGUGGCAACUCAUCAACGCCUCCUCUCCCUCACCCAUAGGGGCCUCUCACUUGCUCCCUCUCCUCACCACACUCCAACACAACACACACUCCGAGGCCGUCACCGCCCUACUGCUUAUGCUCAAGCAGCACAGGCCGACAGCCGAGAUGGUGAAACAGCUGAUGACUCGCGACACACGUGUGCCAGGCGACGAUCUGGCCGAGUCGGCUCUGUUGAGUUGGUGUCGCGACGGCAGUGAAGAGAAGUGCGCCGAGCUGGUGGCCACCCUGCUGAGUCAGCGCUGUCAGGCGUCGCCCACCAAACGGAAACGCGGCGGAGGCGGCGGCGGGGUGGGGCAGCCCACCUGUGAGAGAAUUCUGGCGCAUCUCGAUCGGCUCAGGUUACGUUUGAGCUACCCGCGACACAAGUUCUACAAGCUGGAUGCACUGCAGAAGGCUCUACAAGCAGCUCAGAGCGCAUGCUCAGACGUGCAGCGGUCAGCGUUCAGCAACCUGUUUGCGCUGAUCGAGGUCAGCGGAUCAGCUGGUGGCGGAGGAGGAGGAGGUGGUGGAGGGACAGGCGGUGGGAGGGGUGGAGCUGGCAGGAAAGCAAAGGCUGGUGGAGGGGGAAGAAGCGGACGAGGACAGACGUUACGGUCGGUCAGCGAUACUUCCGAGAGCAGUAGCGAGGAGGAAGAAAUAGUGAAGCCAAAGCAAGCGAAGAAACGGAAAAAAGUAGUCAACGCUGUAGGCUCGGACUCCGAUUAAUGAUAGAUUAAUUAAGAGUGUGAUACUAAUUAAUUGUAGGAAUACUGAUAGAAUUAAGGGACCUUAGUGGAGGCUGUGCACUAAUGUCAACUUGUUUUUUUAUCUGUAUACGCGGUAGCAUUCAGGUAUGACGCAGGCUACACGUUUUUAUUUGUUUCAAAUGUUUUAACAAUGAUUCAACAAGGUCUUCCCGAAAGAUUUGAAAUCUAUUCAACUUGUAGGUGCGUCUACAUUCAUUCGAAAUUGUAUUCAGUUUGUAUUGUAGGGUCCACGUUAUAUUACUACAGUAUUUAACUAGCAUUGGUGUUGCUAUCCU